GGCUGUGCUGACAGAAAAUCGAUGAGAAAUUGUGCUGUGUUGGUUUCAAUAAUGUGUGUAGUGAAGUUUUACAAUUUUUAUGGUGAUUAACCCCUACAAAGCGCCUAGAAAAUUAUACAGUGAAAUUAUAAACUCUUAAAGUUUACCAUCAUGACUAAGGAUAGACUUGCAGCACUGAAAGCGGCCCAAGGUGAUGAUGAUGUCGCGGUCAGCGUUGAAGACACCAGAGGUAGCGGGUUCAUGGAAGAAUUCUUCGCCGAGGUGGAAGAAAUCAGGGAGAACAUUGAAAAAAUUCAAGGAAAUGUCGAGGAAGUUAAAAAGAAACACAGUGCAAUAUUAUCAGCACCUCAAACAGAUGAAAAGGUCAAGCAAGAAUUGGAAGAUCUUAUGGCCGACAUAAAAAAAACUGCCAAUAGAGUUAGGGCUAAAUUAAAAGUUAUGGAGCAGAACAUCGAACAGUUAGAGCAGACAAGUAUGAUGUCUGCAGAUUUCAGGAUACGCAAAACACAACAUUCUAUGUUGUCUCAAAAAUUUGUUGAAGUUAUGACAGAUUAUAAUAAGACUCAGACAGACUAUAGGGAACGGUGCAAAGCUCGUAUUCAACGGCAGCUAGAAAUUACUGGAAAAGUAACAACAAAUGAUGAAUUAGAAGAAAUGUUAGAAAGUGGAAAUCCUGCUAUUUUUACACAAGGAAUCAUUAUGGAAACACAGCAGGCCAAGCAAACUCUUGCUGACAUUGAAGCUAGGCAUGCCGAUAUCAUCAAACUGGAGAACAGUAUUAGGGAGUUACAUGAUAUGUUCAUGGAUAUGGCUAUGUUGGUGGAAAGUCAGGGUGAAAUGAUAGAUAGGAUUGAAUAUCAUUGUGAACAUGCUAGAGAUUAUAUAGAGACUGCUGUACAAGAUACCAAAAAAGCAUUGGCCUAUCAGAGUAAAGCUCGAAGAAAGAAGAUUAUGAUCAUGAUCUGCGUGAUCAUCUUGGUAGUGAUAUUGGUGUCCACCUUGGGUGGAGUUCUGGGGAUGUAAUUCUACAGCUUGCUGCACCUUACACCAUUUUACUCAUUCUGCAACCUUACACUGGGGGAAGCAAAUUUCAGAUCUAUUUCGUUUUCUUUCCUUCCCAAAUUGUAGGUUGCAGAGAAAAAAAAAUAACUUAGUUCACUAAAGGUGCCAUUACUAACAGGUAGUACUAUCCCACAUUUCUGAAUGUAUGUAUCGUGUAUCUAAUCAUAUAGGGAACGUGUUUAGAGUGUUAAACAAGAAUGUGGAACAAUUAUCAAAAUCAGUUAAGCAUAUAACUUUUCUCUAGUAUAUUUGAAAUGCCUUAAUAUUUUAAUUCAUGUGUAUAAUGUGCAAUAUUUGCAUGACAGUUUGGGUGGGGGGUGAUACCCUCAUUUUAAGUUUCAAAAAAAUAUAUUAGUCUUAGUUCUGUUUCUAAAUUUCUUUUUGAAAUGUGUAAAUUGCCUCAAUAGAAGAUAUCAACUUAGAAUUUCCAAUAUAUCCUUACUCUUAUACUCUGAAAACGCUUUUCAUAUUUUUAACUGUUAGUCUAUAUAACUAUAAUAGAAGCCCUUUUAAUACAUGUGUAAAUUCUAAAUGGAAAAAAAAAAUCUAAAUAAAUGCUUCUGUUUUUAUUUAUACAUUCAAUGUCGAGAUACAUCAAUCAAGAAAUGUUUUUACUUUUAAAAUUGGAUGUUUUUAUAUGUUUAAACUUUUUUAGAGUAUUUGGAUUUGAAGCAUAUAUUGCUCAUAUUUUGAUGUGUAUCUAAAUCUUAUAGGCAUAAAUAUUAAAGUCAUGUUACACUAACGAAUGUUAUAGUAAAUGUUUAUGAGCCUGGCAGAUUCUGUGAUGUAGCCAUAUGUACCUGUUGGCUAUGUAUAUAUUUAUACGUAUAGUGUUUAAAGUAGGUCUACUUUAUAUUAAACUCUUUCAAUAAUUUGCUUUUAAACUAAAUGUUGAUUUGGAAAUAAUGCAGUAUGACAAGUGGCAUAGCUUUGCAAGCAUGCUGUAAUAUGUAUGAGUAGAUUAAUUAUUUCUUUUAGAAUUCGGGGCAAAACAAAAACAAAAAUGUUUCCUUAUGGUACGAAUGACUGUUAUAAAGUGUUGGAACGCACACAAUUUUUCUCUGCUGAUUAAAUGUAAAAAUAUUUUUUGAAAAUGUAGACUUCAACUUCUUCACAAAAAAAAUUGUUUUUUAUUGCUACAUACAGAACUUCUAUAAUCGUAUAUAGUUAUUGCUGUUACAUUUUAUAGACUAUUAUAUUGAACUAUAAGCCUUUGAAGGACCAGGAUGAUUUUUAAGGAAUUUCAUUUUAGUGCACGUAUGGAAAGUUUUUAAUUUUUCUAAUUAGCUAAUAAUGAAAAUUCUGUGUUUUAUGCUAAUCAUUAUAUUAAAUGAAAUAAAUAUUAUUUUUAAUUUUGGCAUCCAAAAUAAGUUUUGUUUUGUUUUGUUUUAUUUAAUAAACUAUAAAAAAAAAAAUCAAGCAUAUAAAAUAACUGUUGGUAAUAUUAACAUAAGAUUAUUUUAUUGCUUGUAGUAACUAAAACAAUAUUUAAUUCAUUAUCAUAUUUGAUUAUUUCCUUAUGUUUAAAAUUAGUAAUUUGAUUUUAAAAAAGUUGCUACAAAAUUGUGAAUCAUAUUGUGGAAAAAUUCUUUAAUGCCUUACAUUAUUAAACUUUUCAAUUCUGAAGAAUUUCUGCAUGAGUUAUCCAAACUAUAAUUAAAGCUUUGAUUUUCACUUGUCUUCCGAAGUGUAGAAAGUGUAACAUUGCCCCCUUUCAAUACAGAAUGUUUUCCUAAUAUGGUAAACAUUCCUCCUCAUGUGACUAAUACACACUUAUUGUUGGUCUUUCAAACACAGAAAUUUUUGUAAAGAGAUAUAUCCUUAUAUAUAUUUAAAUGUAAAUUCAUUCAUAAUCAUUAUUCAUUUACUUUCAAUGAAAUCAAGUAUUUUCAAGAGUUUAUUAUCAGCAAUAAGCUGAUCAAAAACUAAAUAUUUUUUCUAAACAGGGUAACUGAAAUAAUGAAGAAAAUAACAGUUUCGCUCAUUAUCUGUCUGAGCAUUAUCUGUCAACAUCAUCGACCAUUGUUAAUUAUGUUUCUGCUGUACAUCUACAGUUGAUAACAAACUGAUUCAGUAAUCAAUAAAGAGCUAAUUAGGAAAUUAAAAUAGUAUUAUGGUCAAAAUAAGAUUCUCUUAAGAGCUGUGAAAUGCUCUUUAUAAACUAAAUCACAGAAUUUAAGAAAAAAUUUCUGAAUUUGCAUACUGUUAUAAUUUUUGGGAUUAAUGUGGGGUAGUGCUACCUUUCGUUUGGCUGCAUAAGUACUUAAUCUCAUUUCAUGUCGAAAAAAUAAAAAGUUUCCUGUCUUUUUCAUCUCCAUCUAUGCAGUACCAUCAUGUAUCUGUGUUUAGGCUAAAAUAUUUUUCCCUUGUACAUUUCCAGUUCUGUGAAAUUGUCAGAACAUAGCCUUUAAUGCUACCAGUUCAUCAGUUAGGAUUUGGAUAAAGGAUAUUAAAAGUUCUAUGUAGAAGUGACGUCGUUAGUUAGGUGUGUUUGCACUAACUCCUAUAUCUGCCUGAAUCCUUUGAAUUGAAAAACUACUGUAUAUUUUUUCUUGGAUGUUUUCAAAAAAAAAUCUGUCGAAGAAAUAAAAUGCUAUCUUUUAAAGGUUUUAUUUGUGGUUUUUCUCUCAUUUAAUUUUUGUUCAAAAGAAUCUUUUUUUUUUUUUUCAAUAAUUGUAUAUCUAAAUGAGCUUGGAAAAUUUAUUUAUUUUCAUCCCUUUUUAAGUUUCAAAACUGUUCUAGGUUUGUUUAUCUUAGGGGAGGGGAUACCCAAAUUCAAAGUUUUCAGGGAGAUAGAAUUGGAGCUGGUAGAUCAAAUUACUAUAAAGUUUUUGAAAGAAAUUAAAGGCAGUUUUCUAAACUUAAGUGCACUGAUAAGAGAGCCUGCUUUAUGGAUACUCUAUAGUAUAAAAUGCGAUUUUCUUCAGUGUGAUAAAAUGACUUAGUCUUUCAAAUUGAGUGCAUAGCUUCUGUGAACACUGCAAGUAUAGAUAUGCCGUUAGUAACUUUCAUAAAGCAAUUGUGUAAAAUUUCCCUCAAAAUCCUUAAAUAUUUUUUCAGCUUUCAAUUAUUCAAUACUAUUUGACAAUCUUUAGUUUUGUAUUAAAAGUAUUAUCAGAUAUAUAGGUAUUGUAUUUUUAAAAAAUGUCUCAAACCCAAUUGUUUUGUUAUUUUGACUUAUUAAUUUUUUUUUUAAGAAAAUUUGAGUGAAUUUGAAGUAAUCCCAAACAAUAGAUGUUCCUGUGGUUCCCAAUUUAAAAUUAAUAAAUAUUUCCUAAAUUUUUUUCUUCUACUUGGAUCAGAGGUACAUUUUUUAUAUAAAAUAAUGAUAUAAAUUAUACAUAUUCAUAUUUUAAUAUCUAUUUUCGAUUAUAUUAAAUUAUUUUCAUAGAUAUUUAAAUAUUGCCUUACCAUAUCUAAAGCGUUUCUAAAAUCAAUUGGCUGUAUUUUGGAUAAUUUCUUUCAAAACUACAUAAUGUAAAUAAGGUAUAUUUUUGAAUUGGGAACCACUUAUUUCUUCUUCUGAGGAAGUAUACAAUUUGAGAUAAAGUAGCUUAUCAUACAUAUUCUUGGUGAAAUGUAAUGUGAUUUAUAAAUGUUUGAAAUAAUAAUGGAUUAGGGUUAACAAUUUCAUGUAUUUUACCACUAUUCAUAAAAUUAUAGACCGCCAAACUAAGAAAGUGUUUUCAGUGUCUUUUAAACUUUCUCUUGUUCUGUGAUUAUGAUAUAUUAGUUUUCUUUUAAAACCAAAAAGAAGAAGAAUUGUAUUACUGCACAUUUUUUAAACAAUAUCUAGUGUUAAAUUUCUGCAUAGUUUAAUAUUUAUAUGUAUACAUAUAUAUUACGGCAUGACUGUAAGCCACUGCCAUACACAGGAAUUAUAUUUCUGUCCAACAUUAAAAAAAGCAGUGAUGUUCAUCUUAGAACACUGUUCUUUUUUGAAAAAAUCUUGUUGUCGUUUUAGUGGCCACUUCAAACUUGUAGUUAUAGAAAAAAUUAAACAAGUCCCACUGAACUAUAACUGCCCCAUUUCACUUUUUGGUGUUUUUCAUUCCACCUGAUCAUUCCAAGGUUCAGUGUAAAUAAUACUGUAAAUAUUUGAGAAAGCAGUCAUCAUGCGAGAAGGAUUCCUCUGAUCACAUUUAAGGUUUCGGUUCUGGAAUGGUUAAUGGGCUCUAUCACUGUGCUUCCCUACCAAUGUAUGAAUUCUGUUUUUUCUUUUACUUUGGUUCAAACUGUUGUAGACCACACUUGUGCUUAGUAUUUGAAAUUCUGAUUAAAUAAUGGGAGUUGUAGUGAGUGACUUUCGAACACCUCUCUAUGUCUUAGGGGAUGACAAAUAAAGAAAUGUGAUUUAUAUACAAAUUAGGUGCAUAAAAUAAUAAAUAAAAUCAAAAAUGUAAAGAAAGCAACCCUCGACAUGUAAAAGAUAUUUGCAGUUCCAGGUUGUUCAUUAACAAAUGUGGGUGAUCAGCUUUUCUGUGCGAGAAUUUCUGUACCAUUUUGCAAUAAGAUAGGCCAGCUAGAUCAUCCAAAUCCAAAGGAGAAGGGUCCUAAAAAUCUCUAUUUGUUUUCAGGAGUGUUGUCUCUGAAAAUUUUGCUAAGAGUUCUUGAAAGUUAUCUUUGCAUUAAACCAAUAUUGUGUACUUGCCAUUGUCUGUUGUUUCUUUGCAUAUGCUGUUUACUAGUGAUCACAUUGCUGACUCAAUGUAAGCCCAUCUUUGUGUAUAUUUUACUAUGUGAUUACUGUUUCAUUUUAAUUUUGAAUGUUUUCUAAGUCGUCAACUCUAUUCCCAUAUAAAUGAAGAACUUAAGGUCACUGAUUUUUUUUAAAGCGUAUGUUCUCUUUGUGAAUAAUCAGUUAGUGAUAGAUACUAUUUCAGUUAAACUGCAAAUUUGCAUCUUUUAAAAUGAAGAGGGUGUUGCUUUGCCUUAAAAAGUCAAUUUUAUUCUGCUGUGGCUCCAAAUAUUUCUAGUUACACAUGUUACUUUCACACUGUAGCUUUCCUGAUAUUUAGAUUUCAAUUCAUAUACACUGUUGAAUUUUGUUUGAUUCAUAUUAAUAUCAAAAGAAAUAUACAUCAUCUCCAGUUUAUCUAUAGCAUUAUCACAAAUAUCUCUGUACUUCCGUUUUAUCUGUUAGAAUUCUGUAAGUUAUUGUGCCUUAACUGUGUGACUGUAACAUGUGGUUCAGUUUGGGACUCGACUAACAACCAUGUACAGACUGAUUAAUCAUUUCCCUUUUUACAUUUAUGCACUGAAUAAUCGGAACUUUUGUGCACAUUUUCAAUUUUGUCUGCCGUUUUCAUAUCCAUAGGUUUCAUUUAUGAAUGAUUUGAUCUCUGUUGUGUGAUGUUGAAAUUUUUAAUUUAAUGUAUAACCUGUAUAUAGUCUCAUCGUUUAUUGUACAUAAUAAAUUACAGAUAAGUUAUUUUUGUGAUUGGCUGAUUGUGUUUAAGGUUUAUACAGGUUUGUCAUAAUCCUUCUCUAUCCUCUUGGUAGUUUUGAAUCAGUAUUCUUCUCAAGAAAACCAGAUAACACAAGUGCAGAAAAUAUUUUUCACUUGAAAAUAUAAAAGUGCUUAAAAGUAGUUUGUUACUACUUUACAAGAAGUCUGCAUGCUUAUAUGAAUUCCCUGCCUCUAUUUUAUUUAACUUUCUUUAACUAAUUUAAGAAUGUUAAGUUAAAUUUUGAAAUAAUUAUUUUAUUAAAUUAUGUAAUUUUUAUGUUUUAACAAUUAAUUCUUAUUACUUUAAACAUUGUAAACCAAAUAGUUUAAAUGAUAUAGAUUAUUACUUUAACAAACCUGUAUAAACAAAAUAAAAAUAAAGUCCUUUGUGGCAUUAUUUAUUGCAAUCAUUCAAGUGAACAACAAAUUGUAUAUUUUAAUUUGUGAUUGUAUUAUAUAAUUCUAAACAUCAUUACAACAUUUUGUGUGAAAAGUAUGAUCAUCGUAGAAUUAUUUAUUGAAUUUCUGUAGCAUUUCAUUACUAAGUUUCACUGCCCUUUUAUGAUUUGUUUGACUACAAUUUAUUUCAUUAUUUUGUUCAUAAAAAAAAAGUGCAUUGCUCUGUGAUUACCUCUGGUGGUCAUUGUAAAUAAUUUAAGAUUUGGUGAAACUUGACUAUUUAUUAGGUUACAUAAUAUAGAAACUGUAAGUGUUUAGAAUGGGAAUGAAAUCAACAAACUUGGAGUGUUGCAUUUUUAGAAACUGAUGAACUAAAUAUCAAAGCUAAAUCUGUAACCUGGAAGUUGUAAAACUUACAAGUUUGUUUGAUUUUUUUUAGUUGUUUUGGUUAAGAUGUUUAAUUUUAAAUGGCAAGUUUUAUCUAAAUAUCAUAUUUAUUUAUUUAAUUUUUUCAAUCUAAAAGCAUUGCUUACAAAAUAAACUCAUAAAAAGUUUUCUUUAAUAUGCUUUUUUUUAAUGAAUUUUUGCAAGAUUUUUUUAUGAAAUAUAUUUCUAAUUUAAAAGUCAUAAUUUUUCUUUAAUUUUUAAAGUGCUUUGUUUUGCAAAAUAUUAUUAAGUCAUGAAUAUGGAUGAAGAUGGUACUUAAACAGAAUCAGAAUGUCAAGUUUCGUCACAUUUUAAUGUAUUACAGAAUGUCAUGAAUAGUGUUUCUGAGCAUGUCACAAAGAAAAGUUACCUUGCUUAGUAAGAUUUCUAUACAAUCCUUGCUUGAGAAGAACAAAGAACUUGUAAUUUUGGCAUAUCUGUGUUAAUACCUGUUUUAUAACAGUGAAUUGCUGCCAAUAAUUUAGUUCUGUAACCUUUUGUAAUUUGUUCAUGCUAGAUAAUCCUUAUUAUAUUGUUAAUUUGUUUUCAUGCAUCUUAUAAAUUUAGAGAAAUCAAAAAAAAAUUUUUUUUUUUUCUUUUUUUGGUCUUAUGCUGAUCUUUCUUCAUGGAAUGAGCAAUAAACAUGUUUAGGGAUGACUAAUAUGUGUGUUUUACUUCAACGGGUUUCUUUUUUUUUUAAAUUUA